GUCCAAGAAGAAGAAGAAACAGCAACAACAGCAGCCGAAACAGCAGAAGAAGAAACAUUUGUGUUGGUUGCUGCUUUAUUUUGUAAUGUCGUUUAAAAGAGAUGGAGACGAUAAGAGCCAGCUCAAUAUUCUAAAGAAACGGCGUGUGGCAGACCUUCUGUCUAAUUUCAUUCCAGAAGAUGAAGCGACUCUUAUGAAAAAUGGGAGAUACGCUUGUCUUGUGUGCUCCUACCGUCCCGUGUUUGAUACUGUUGACAUGUUGACAGUCCACAGACAAGGAAAGAAACAUCUAUUGGGGUUGAAGAUGUUCUAUGGCAGAAAAGCAAGACUGAAGAGCGAAAUAUCCAAAAGACAACAUGAGAACUACGUCCAGUCUGAGGAGACACAAGAGGAGCCCUCCAGUUCAGCCCCUCUGCUGGCCCAAACGCGGAGGCUCACCCAUCACGCUUUGCUAAAGACGGUGGAGUAUAACAGCUGUCACAGGAAACCCAGCACAAAAGCUGAAAGAAGGCCGACGGGUGGCGGCCCAGGUCGCUAUGGUAACCCGUGCAACAAAACGCCGUCCUCAUCCUGGACUCCUGAAGUUCCUCAGACGGUGUUAGCGGGCGACCCUGUUGACGCCAACGCAGAGUCGUCAUCAGCAUCCCUGGAAACAGGAGACCCGGCUGCAGCGCUACAAGCUGCAGAACCUCUAACGCCACAGAGGAGGAGGGAACUGGAUCACUAUCUCAAACUGAAAAGUGACGGAUGGGUGCAGGAUCGCAGCGGCCAGUGGGUCAAAGACGAGAACGUGGAGUUUGACUCGGAUGAGGACGAACCCGCGCCUCUUGUUCCGUUACCCACCGGCGACUGAAGCCGCAAGCAGCUGUGAGAUACUUCUUGUUGGAGCACAGCGGUGGUUUAUGAGCGACGGUGCUGCUCGGAGGAACCAGAACUCCUAUCAGUGAGGACUCUGUGAAAAUGCUGCUCUUCCAUCAGAGUUUAUUCCGUUUCUUUACUGAUCCUUCAGCGUCUCCCAUGAGAAUCCUUAGUUUUUCUUCGUUGCUGUUCCGGGCGACGCUUGGAUUUUACCUGCAGUACUUUGCGUGACAAGUUAUUGCAGCUUCCCAGGAUGUUUUGGGAUGCGCUCUGUGUGCCGUAACCCGGCGGGGUGAAAUGAAGUCACAAGAACCGGGAACAAAGCAGCGUUGCAAAUGUUCGCACAUGCUAAAUUCCAGCUAAUAUUAAAUGUUUUUUUGUUUUUGUUUUUUUCAUGUAUUGCUCUAUUCUAUUCAAUUCAAUUUAAUUUAUUUAUAUAGCGCCAAAUCAUGAAACAUGUCAUCUCAAGGCACUUUACAAAAUCAAGUUCAAUCAUAUUAUUAUCUAAUCUCUAAUCUGCCAAGAACUGUAACUUUGGGGGCUUGCAGCAUUAACCCCAGCACAUGUUCUAGGAUUCCUUUAAUUUCCUAACGAGCAUCCAGUCACAUGGUCUCUGUAAGUCCACGCUGUUCGGUUUCUCACGAUCGUGAUCAGUCUCUCACCGCCUCGUCACGGUUGGGUUCUCAACCAACCGGCCUCAACAGGAAGUGUGUGGAAACGCGUUAAACUUAGACGAGUGUAAAAGGCUGUAGCGACGCUGCGGCGGUGUGCUCGUCUAUAUUAAUACCACGUCUUCUUCUAAAUGGAGCCUUUUGGGAUUAAAAAGAAGUAGUUAAGACUAAAUAUCUGAAGGUUGUUCCUUCUGAAAGCUCUUUGAUUCCCUGCUGUAAGUUUGGGUGCUCGGUCGGACUCAGCCACCAGAACUUUGGUGGAGUUCUUGAUUGAUUGGCAGGAGGUACAUGAAACCACGGGAGUGAGAAUAUGAGGGCAGAGGAACCUGACAUGAGCUAGUGUCUAAAUCUCUAAUUUUACUGCCGCUGUUAAAUUGCUUUAAUAAAAGUGUUCUAUUUCAACGUAAAACCCAGAUUUAUAUUGUGUCAAAAACAAAUAGUCCAUUUGACCAUUUUCAUUCUUAAAUAUAUUUAUUUAUGAAAUAGCGAUGCUCUCAUUUAAAAGAAAUCUAUUCAGGUAGAGGCUAUGAUGAGCAAUUACAACAAGCACUAGAUUUUAUUCACUCAGGGUGUUUCUCACACCAGGAUAUUUCUGUUGGACGGGUGUUAUGAAGAAAAAUGACAACCCUUUAUUUAAUUUUGCUAUUUUAAAGAUAAUUUCAUCACAGCAGGGCAGUAGUUUGAUUCUUCUAAGAGGGCUUUAAAAGAAAACCCUGUUUUUAAAUGAUGAACCUACUGUUGUAAGCUUCCUCCCUGUGGAUUGUUCUUUUCAUUGUAAACCUGUGUGUGUAAUUCUCAGGUCUGCAGUGGGCUGAAAAAGUGGGGCUCCAAAAUAAAAAUUUCAGCUGGUCCUGAGAGCUUGGAUCCAUUUUUUCCUCCAAAUCUGGUUUAUGAUUUAUUUGAUGAGGCUUUAACUUAUAAUUUUAAUAUAAGCCUGAGCACAAACAAACUUCCUAAAGUUUGGAAAUCCACAUUCGUUCUACCACUGCUACCACGUGAACCCUCAGUUGUUAAUAAUUCUGGGUUUAUUUCAAAAUCGGUCAUUCCAGGAAAUGUUUUUUUUAAAAUUGGUCUGUGAACAACUCAAAGGGGAUUUUUAGAAUUAAACGACGUUCUAAAGGUGCUUCAGUCAGGUUUCAGGAGGCAGCUGUGCUACUGCCGCCCUUAACCUUUUAAACGAUGAGUUUAAGGCGAAAGGUUGUUUUGUUUUUUGCCGCUCUGUUUAUUGACUUAGGGCAUUUGACAACCUGGAUCACAGUCACUUAUUGUUGUAAAGAAUUUCUAACGUCUCCAAACAGACGUACUUGGUAAAUAUCAACCAGUUUUGGACCUUUUUCGUGGUGACAGCAGUUGUACCUCAAGGCUUAGUCUGAGGAACAGUAUUAAACUAAUUAAAUUCCUUCUACCAUCUUUCUUCAUAUUUUUUUGUUUAAGAACAAUUAAAACACAUCAAGGUAAAGGUUUGUGGGAUUAGUCAAGUCAUGUUUCUCCUUCAGAGCUCUGAAGCCUCUAAAAACGGUAACAAGGGUCUUAAUUGGCUUGGUUCCUACUUAUUUAUGCAAUUUUCUUCAGAGAACAAAAAGGUGUUGUGCCUUAUUAUCAAAUGAAAUGUUGCAUUUCUGAAACAAACUGAAUCGGGAAAGAAAGCUGUCGGUUUGUCAGACCCCUUUGAAAGCCGUCCAGUCUGUCUUAGAGACCCAACAAUGGAAAUUCUUCAAAGACAACCUGUUUUAAAUCCAGAUUUGGUGCUGUGUUAAAUGUUACAUUAUCGCUGUAACAAUAACCCCUGAAUUUGAUUUGUCAAAAUGCCAGCACCUUAUGUUUAGUUGGUUGUUUUGUUAUUGUCUUAUCCAGAAGGGUCUUGUUGUCUGGUUAAAAUAAAGGUUUAAUAAAAUAGAAAAAUGAGACGUAGUAGCACAGAAAAAGAUGGAGGACGAUCCUGCUGUGGUUAUGCAGAGCAAGGUACUUCAAGGAUUUAAAUUAUUUUAAAUCUCAUAUAUGUUCAUAAAUCACACGAAUAAGAUGUGUUGCUUCUUUUCUUUAGUUUGCUGGAUAGUCAGUUUGCAUUUCCUGCCAUAAGAGAGCUGGGCCGGGCUUUAGAGCGAGUGGAUGAACUGCCAUACCUGCCCAAGAGGAGCAAACUAGCCCAAGGAAAGGGUCUGUGCCAUUUAAGAUCUAACUUUAAAGUUGAUCUGCAGUCUAUCCUAAUUUAAAUCCCCUCUUAUCCUUCCCCAUAAUUGAAGCUGCAUUUUCAGGACGCUGUCUCAAUUACAUUGUGCCUACAAACCCGACGCUGCGUCUGAAAUAUACACAAAGAAACUAAAAUAAAGGGGCUUUAAGGAAAUAAAGAAGUUGAUGAAAGAAACGGGUGGCAUAAGGACCCAAAGCGGUUGAAAGCAGCUGCUACUGUUUGUAAAUCUCUGGGUUCACAAAAGUGCAGCUCUCUUUAAAGUUGGUUCUUAUAUUUGGAACGAGGUAACUCAAGCUCAGCUCAGUUAUGUUUUGCACCAGCGUCAAGAAACGGAGGGUAAGGGGUGUAAAAAUAGCUCAGGUGGCCGGGGCGAAGUCACCGGAUCAGGGAAGGAUGCAAAGAAUUAAAGUACUGUGAUUCCUUUAAUGGGGGUUCAUUCUUUAACCUCAUCAAUAUUCUGAAGGAGGAAUAUCGUUUUGCAGUUAAAUGCGCCGAGAAUGGAGUCAUGAGAGACGCUGUUUGACUCACAGAAACAGGAUUGACCAUCACUUUCCAAAUAAGCAACAGUACAUGGAAGUAACAAAAUUAAAAUUGCCAAAGAUGUAGGAAAAAAAAAAAUAGUCCAAUAGAUAUUUUUAUUGAAAAUAUUUACAGUCUCCCUCGCUACAUAAAAUUUAGCACCACAAAAGUGAAAACGUUUUCAUGGAUGGAAGAAUUGUCUAGUGAGGAUGUUGGGGAUGAACAAACUAGAUCACCAAAAAAAAAAAAAA